ACCAAUUUUUCAUGUCCACCACGAAUGUGUCAAUGGGCCACUAGGGCGGAGCUCGGCGAGCCACCACCAUCAAAUUCAUCGGCGAGUUCAACUAAAAACACACCCUACAGCGUCAUAGUUUAUCUUAAAUCGUCCAAGUUUUCUGAUAUUAGCUCCUCCUUGCUCCUACAAAUGACGGUAGCCGUGGAAAAUGUGAAGAAGUCGGCAAAGAUUGGGAAAAAGAUGAUUCUGGGGCCUUCAUUAGGACAUCUGGGAAGCAUAGUUGGCAGUCGACCAUGGCUUUGGAUAACAUUAUCACUAUUCAUUGGAAUCGCGUCAUUCACAACUUUAAUCAUAAAACCACCGAAAAAAGAGUUCGGAUUUGACACCGGCUAUACCACAUCAGAUGCUCCGUCAAUACGAGAAAUGAAAGCACAACGCGACUUUUUUACUGGAGGGAAGAAGGGAACCCCAUGGUAUCAAGCUCUGUUUUUCGAACCUCGAAAUAAUGAAAAAUCGAUGCAUAAAGGCAGAGAAUACGACGAAAUGAAACAAUUCUAUCGUACAGUCAAAAAUAUGAUAAUUCGUUAUGAUGAAACAUUAGAAAAGAAUAUCACUUAUUACGAUUUGUGCGGAAGCACUUGUGAUCUCAAUGAGCUACUUUUUACGACAGUUACCAUGUCGUUUUGGAGUGGACUCACUUAUCCGAUAGCUUCAAUUUUCGGGUACGAAUCCAAUAUUGGAAAACAUUUUUACGAAAUUGAAACAAGUGAAACUGGUGAAUUCCUGAGUGCUAAGAAGGCAAUGUUGGUAUACAUGGCAUUCUACGAGACAAAACAUGUUAAAGCUGAUUUAAAACUUUAUGAAGAACUAAUGCAAAAUGCUGUGGAUGUGCAUAACGCGAAUAAGGAUAACUCUGUGAUUGUGACUCUUCACGGUGAACGGGGCAUGUCGAUUGCUGUUGAAGCUGGAAUGAAACACGCAUUCAAUUAUCUUGGCUUUGGAGUGCUUCUCUCUUUAUUUGUUCUAUUCGGAGUCCUGUUCUUCUUUAGUAGAUUAUUCUGUCAGUUUACAAUUUUCAGGAUAGUAUUUCUCUGGAUUGUUGCAAUUAUUGCACCUAUUCUUUCCUUCAUCACCUCAUUCGCCAUCUACAACUUUUUCGGCUACUCAAUCACACCACUCAUCAUUUUCACACCAUUCCUUGCGCUGAUUCAUGGAUAUUACACUGUCAUUAUGCUCACGCACACCUGGCUCAGCGACUCGGAGCUCCGACGAGAUUCGAGGGACGAACACCUUCUAGAGGUAUUUGCCACGUGUAUGCCUUCUUUGAUCGUUACUGCCAGCCCUGCCAUAGCCCUCUUGCUGUGUUCAGUCUAUCCAAUUGAAAACUACGGAGCUGUAUCUAUUUUGUUGGGACUAAUUAUGACAUUUGAUAUUGUCUUUGCGAUAUUUUUCUUCUCCCCAUUCAUGCUCAUCAUCUGUCCAACGCAAGACUUCUCUCCACUUCCAACCAAUAGCAAAAAAAUUGUGAAAACUACUCUCAAGAGUGUUGAAAACAUGAGAGAUUACUACUGCAAUUAUGUCGAUAAAUCUUUACUCGUGGAGAUUGUGGCAGUUGCUGGAAUUAUUGCCCUUCUCAUCAUUCCAGUGUACAAGGGUUGUACUUCGGUUGAAGGAAACUUGGAUUACCGACAACUUCUGAAACAAGACUCAAAUCGCAAUCACGGAGUUCACCUUAUGAGCGAUGUUGUCUGGCCAACGUGGUUCUCAAUCAUGUUCUUUGUUAAUAAGCCUCCCAAUUUCUCUAAUGUGCGAGAAUAUGGCAGGUUUAAAAGCAUGAUGGCAGAAAUUGAUGCUAUUGAAAACAAACUACCAAAUAAUACAGAUAUGGUUUGGAUCAAUGAUUUCUGCAGAUUCACAAACUCGAAACCAACAGAUGAUGCAUUGAACAUGACCCGAUUCAAAAGUUUUAUUGAAGAUGCUAUAUAUAAAUCCUGGAAAGAUGGAGUGAAAUUUAUAUUUCUCAAUGACACUCAUCCAGUUAUAACUAGUAUGCUCCAUAUUGUUUCAUUCGAGAAGACAACUUCCCUUGCCGAUAAGGCAAAGCUUUUCGAAAAGUGUCGAGCAGUGACGAAUAAAUAUCCAGAGUUUAAGACAACUCCUUUCGAUACCGAAAUCGGAUUUGCUGAUAUUAUUCUUCAAGUCCCAUUGGUCGUUGCAGUCAUCCCACUGGUUGGAACGGUUGCUAUGUUUAUUGUCAGUACAAUUAUUAUUGGAAACUUGUCAGUUGCCGUGCUCAAUUUCAUCGCCGUGUGUAUUUUGUACGCUUCAACAAUCGGAACUGUUUCCCUGUAUGACGUCACUAUCAAUCCCUUCAAUGCGGCAUUUUUCCUGAUUAUUGCUGCCUUGGCACCGAGCUGUACAACGCACUAUUGCUAUUAUUAUCAACAGGCAAUGCGUAUCAAAUUGAGAGCAAAAAAAGUUGACAGAAUGAACGAGAUGCUGAGAAAGUGUUUCUUUCCGUGCAUUGCGAGUGUCAUAUGCUCUAUUGCGGUCUUCGUGCCGACUAUGUUCUGCCAUAUAAACAUCUUCGAAUCAGUGGCUUUCACCAACAACGUGUUUUGUCUGUUGGGUAUUGUCAUCGCAUUCUUCGUGCAAGUCAUGCUCAACAUGCUCCCCGACAUGUUCACGGGUACCCAUUGGUUUUGUUCCCCUCAAUCUUAAUUAAUUUCUUCCUUAGUGUUUCAUUGUAAACUUUUAUUCCAAAAAAUAUCUGUAAGCUAAAUGUCACCACAUCUCAUUUUCAACCAUUCCUGUCACUUUUUUAUCGACAUUCUACGGUUUCUAGACCUUAAUCUUUUCCAAAUUGUGCCAAAACUUUGUUCUCUUCGGCGAAGAAGGGAAAUUUUGUGGUAUUUGUUUCGCAUGUAUUGUAUUUGUUCGGAUAAUUUCAGUUAUUAAAUAAAUUUUGUUUGAAUUAUAAAAA